AUGGCCUUCAACAAGAAAUACGCCGGGCUCCCGGAUCUGGACUCCGCCCCAGAUAUCUACGAAACCGAUCCCCCCGACCUUACGGACGGAGCAUCCACUGUCCCCACAACCACAAUCCGCACAGACUCCGACCACGACGACACAGCCUCCGAUAUCGACCGCGAAGGCGUCAAUGCCGACCAAGCGCGUCUGCACUUCGAGGGCGCGGCCGUGGAUGCCCGCAAGGCCAAUUUCUCCGAUAGCAUUGCCGAGAAGCGGUCCGCGUACCGGAGUAAAAGCCACAGUCGUCGUCAUCGUCAGAGACGGAGACGAGAGGAUGGCGCCGAGGAAGUUGGUGAUCUAAGUGAUACUGGUGGCAAGUCUGGGGAGGAGAAGGAGAAGCUUGGUGAUGGCGUCGCGGAACUGAGCCGUGCCCUCGACCAUCUUUAUGCCUCUUCGCGGGGUGAUCUUGCCUCGUCACAUUCAGCUGCCGCGCUGCUCUCUCAAAAGCUAGCCUCCGAUAACCGUCCCGCUGUUUCUGCAUCUGCAUCUGCAUCCGACUCGCAAUCGCAAUCGCAACAACCACCAAAACAACCCACAACACCAGCGGAUGCACCCACGUCAUCUCCAGCACCCGCACCCCCCUCGGCAGGGAUAAUCUCCCACGCCGCAGCCUUCGACACCCGCCUCGCCCUCAUAGAGUCCUCAAUGGGGAUCUCCAGCUCCUCGAACCCAUUCCUCGCAGACGGGACCUCCUCACCAGCCCUGCAACCCGUCCUGCCCGCACUCGAGCAUCUCUCUACGCGCAUCUCCGCCCUAACGAGCCUCCUAGUCGGCACGAACGCAGCCUCUACCACUGCUCUUAGCGCAGCACCACCGGGCUCAGGCACCUCCGCCGUACCGGGUCUAACAACACCACACCUCGAAGCCCUCUCAACCCGCGUCCGCAAACUAACAACAGACGCCGAGGCGCUCGCCUCCGCGCGCCGUCGCGCCAUCGACGCCGCAAAAGCAGCUCAGGCUGCGCGGAUCGCCUCGUCCACCUCGGAAGACGGUCCUGACCCCUCCUCUGGCUCUGCCCCCAUCGACGACGAGCACACAGCCAAGAUCCACGCUCUCUACGCUACUCUCCCGACCAUCCAGUCUCUGCACCCUUUACUCCCCAGUGUCCUGGAGCGUCUGCGCUCUCUGCGCGCGUGCCAUGCCGGUGCGGCGCAGGCGGCUGGUGAUCUGGAUGCGCUGGAGAAGCGACAGGCUGAGAUGGACGAGGAGAUUAGGCAGUGGCGUGAGGGGUUGGUUGCUGUUGAAGAGAAGAUGGGGCAGGGUGAGGUGGCCCUAAAGGAGAAUGUUGAGACGAUUGAGCCGUGGGUGAGAGAUUUGGAGAAGCGGCUUGCGAAGCUAGGUGGGAUGUAG